CUCUUUUAUUCUGAUUCAUCUCAAAACUUCAAAGUUUCUGCCUUUCCUAGGUUGUGGUCGAUCUCAAAGAGGGAUUGAUAAACCCUAGUUAAUCCCGUGUUCCAUCUCAUAACUAUUUAGUAAAAGUAAGUGAGAAGAUGGAUGAUAUUCAUCUGGUUGACCCAAUGGUGAAUCAUGACAUGGAGAAUUCAUUGGGAGUUCAAGACGAGAUCGGAGUUGCAGAGCCGUGUGUUGGCAUGGAGUUCGAUUCUGAGAAAGAAGCCAAAUCUUUCUAUGACGAGUACGCUAGGCAGCUCUCGUUCACAUCCAAGCUCCUUAGCGUCACCGAUACAAAUGCUCGAGAAUUCGUGUGUAGUAGUAGCAAAAGGUCGAGACGAAGGCCUGCUGAAAUCUGCGAUGCAGUGCUUAGGAUAGAGCUGAAGGGUGAUAACAAAUGGGUUGUCACCAAGUUCGUCCAAGAGCAUAGCCAUGGAUUAGCAAGUCCCAACACGCUCCACUGUCUUCGCCCUCGCAGGCAUUUUGCGACUUCUGACAAAUCUAAUGUCCCUAGUGGUAUGAUGUAUGUUUCCAUGGACGGGAGUCGAGCUAGAGUUGCUUCCAAGAGAACGCUGGGACGUGAUGCGCAUAACCUCUUGGAGUAUUUCAAGAGGAUGCAGGCAGAGAACCCUGGUUUCUUCUACGCCCUUCAGCUUGAUGAUGAUAGUCAGAUGACUAAUGUUUUCUGGGCUGAUUCCAGGUCUAGGAUUGCUUUUACUCGUUUUGGCGACACGGUUACGCUAGAUACGAGGUACAGGUGCAGUCAGUUUCUUGUUCCUUUUGCGCCCUUUACUGGUGUGAAUCAUCACGGUCAGGCUAUCCUUUUCGGCUGUGCUCUCAUUCUUGACGACUCAGAGGCUUCCUUUAUCUGGCUCUUCAAGACUUUUCUAACGGCCAUGAGAGAUCAUCCCCCUCUCUCUUUGGUGACUGAUCAAGAUAGAUCCAUACAGAUUGCUGCUUCUCAGGUCUUUCCAGGUGCUCGUCACUGUAUUAAUAAGUGGGAUGUACUAAGACAAGGUCAGGAAAAGCUGGCUCAUGUCUGUCUCGCCUAUCCUAGUUUUCAGGUGGAGCUUUAUAACUGUAUCAACUUCACUGAAACCAUAGAGGAGUUUGAAUCAUCUUGGAGUUCCAUCAUUGAAAAGUAUGACUUAGGACGACAUGAAUGGCUUUCUUCUAUAUAUAAAGCUCGAUCUCAGUGGGUGCCUGUUUAUUUCCGGGAUUCCUUUUUUGCUGCAAUCUUCCCGACACAAGGUUCUUUUUUUGAUGGGUAUGUGAAUCAGCAGACAACACUUCCCAUGUUCUUUAGGCUGUACGAAAGGGCUAUGGAGAGCUGGUUUGAGAUGGAGACUGAAGCUGAUCUUGACACUGUCAAUACGCCUCCGAUCUUGAAGACUCCAUCACCCAUGGAGAGUCAAGCUGCAAAUCUGUAUACACGGAGAAUCUUUGAGAAGUUUCAGGCAGAGUUGGUAGAGACAUUUGCGUACACUGCAAACAGAAUUGAUGAUGAUGGUACUGCCACCACAUUCAGGGUUGCAAAAUUUGAAAAUGACAACAAAGCUUAUAUAGUGUCGUUUUGCUACCCCGAGAUGAGAGCAAACUGCAGCUGUCAAAUGUUUGAGCAUUCUGGCAUACUCUGUCGACACGUUCUGACAGUUUUUACUGUCACAAAUAUACUCACCUUGCCGCCACAUUAUAUUCUGGGAAGGUGGACUAGAAAUGCCAAGAGCGUUGUAGAGAUGGAUGAGCACGUUAGUGAUGGCUUGUUACACCGCUACAACCAUUUAUGUCGUGAGGCCAUCAAGUAUGCUGAGGAAGGGGCAAUUACACCUGAGACUUACAAUGUUUCUUUAGGAGCUCUCAGAGAAGGUGGAAAGAAGGUUUCAGCUGUCAGGAAAAAUGUUGGCAGAGCUGCUCCUGCUAGCUCACAUUGUGGUGGAAACAGUGUUGAUGCAAAGACCUCGCUAUCAGCAUCUGACUCAACCCCUCUGCUGUGGCCGCGUCAGGAUGAAAUGACACGCAGAUUUAAUCUUAACGAUGGUGGCGCCAGAGCUCAAUCUGUUGCCGAUUUGAAUCUGCCGCGAAUGGCACCAAUAUCCCUUCACCGAGAUGAUGGUGCUCCUGAUAAUAUGGUAGCUCUUCCUUGUCUUAAGUCAAUGACUUGGGGGAUGGAGAGUAAGAAUACUAUGCCGGGUGGUAGAGUUGCAGUUAUCAAUUUAAAGUUGCACGAUUACAGAAAGUUUCCCUCAGCAGAUAUGGAGGUCAAGUUUCAGCUGUCAAGCGUUACACUUGAACCUAUGUUAAGGUCUAUGGCUUACAUCAGCGAACAACUCUCAGCUCCAGCGAAUAGAGUAGCUGUCAUCAAUUUAAAGCUGCAAGACACUGAGACAGCAACAGGAGAAUCAGAAGUCAAAUUUCAGGUGUCUCGGGAUACACUAGGUGCCAUGUUGAGAUCAAUGGCCUAUAUCCGUGAGCAGCUCUCCAUUGUUGGAGAGUUACAGACAGAACCACAAGUGAAGAAGCAACGCAAGUGAUGUUGAAAGAGAAGCAACCACGGAAAUAUUUUUUCUUUUAAAAACGUAGGAGGAUUCCUCACCAGGAUUCGUCUGUUCAAUCUUUGUAAUUGAUGUUGUACGAUACAACGUCUCAUGUGUAUUGUGUUAGUGUCAUGUCAUCUACGCAAGUGUGGAGAAACAAACAGGUGGGGGCAUUGAGUCUUGAUUCUGGCCAGGGCUUUGAAGUGUAUAUAUAAUCCUUUUUCUGACAUUUAUUUACCCAUCCGUUUGAGUGCAACGGGAGAUAAC